CCGACGCGAGAUUAGCAGGUGCAUUAUGCUGCUCUGUUGCUUCUGACGGCCAGCGAUCGGAUGGUUGUGGGGUCCGGUGAAAAAGAAGCAGUGGAUUGUGUGCGUGUGUGCGUGCGUUUGUGUGUGUGAGUGUGUGUGCGUGUGUGUGUAUGUGUGUGUGUGUGUGUUUGCGUUUUUGUGUGUGUGCGUGUGUGUGUCUGCCUGGGUGUGUGCUAGUGUCGGGGAACGCCGGGCUCCCGAAGAUGCUCUGCGCUGGAAGGUGAACCGUGGCCCCGCAGAGUCUGCGAGGGAGAGCCAAGGAGAGAAGGCGUCAGGCCAGUCCCAGCAGAGAAACGGGCAAGCGAUGUGAUGUAGCUGACUCAGCACCUCUCCCGCAUCGCCAAGUUCUCCCCGCCAGAUGAUUGCUCCAUGACCGGCAGAUCCUGCAGCUGACGGGAGAAGGGGGGAAUUUUUCUACCCAAUGCACUCGCCCUGUCUGUUUUUUCGGCCUCUUUGAUCCCUGGGCAAUGUGUUCCUGAUGUCUGUCUGUGGGCUCGAGAGCUUGGCAUUCUCUACAGGAUGAGUGAAGGAGGUAUCUCUUCAGCUCCACCUGUUUUUCCUGUUGUUUCUGCAGACUCGGAAGGUGCUAAUCCGACAGAGGAACAGGAGAGUUCUCCACCAUCCCGGGUUUUACACUGCAGUGGGUGCAUUGUGUGGCCUCGCCAGCAAACCUGGUUGUGCGUCGUCCCUCUUCUCAUUGGAUUCAUUGGGCUCGGACUCAGCUUGAUGCUGCUCAGGUGGAUUGUGGUGGGAUCGGUCAAGGAAUAUGUGCCGUCGGAUCAACUGGAAUCCAACCCCGUUGGGCAAGAUCCCAUCUUCCUCUCCAAACCAAGCUCUGUCCCCAAGCAUGCAGAGACCACCACCACGUACGCUGCUGCAAACCCUCCCACCAGUACUGUUAGCCCCAGUACCCGGGGUACAAUGUCCAUCACGCCUAGGCUCGCCACCCAGGGUACAAUACACUCUACCACUGCCCUCCACAGCCCCUCGACCCCAACGCCGAGACCAAGGGCCCCGCUCACCUCCAGUGCCCCGGGAACUUCACCCUACCGCCUCACACCCACUGCCACCCAUGGCACUCCCUGGCAGACAGUGCCCUAUUCUACCUCUUCAAGCAAAUUCUUCCUGCACGACUCCACGCCAUCCUGGACGCUAUCGAAAUCGGGGGAACCGACCACUGGCACUCACUCCGUCAUCAGACCCAAAUUCCCCACAACCACCUACACAACAGAGAGGUCGGAGCACUUUAAGCCGUGCACAGAUAAGGACCUUGCCUACUGCCUGAACGAGGGAGAGUGCUUCAUCAUUGAAACCCUCACUGGGAAUAACAAACACUGCCGGUGCAAGGAAGGAUACCAGGGUGUUCGUUGUGACCAGUACUUACCGAAAACUGACUCUAUCCUAUCUGACCCAACAGAACAUCUGGGAAUAGAAUUCAUGGAAAGCGAAGAUAUGUACCAGCGACAGAUCAUGUCAAUAACCUGCAUCACGAUUGGACUGACAGUGGUCGGGAUGCUCUGCGUGGUUCUUUACUUCAAAACAAAAAAACAAAGGCAGAAGCUUCGUGAUCAAAGCAAGGAGAUCCGCUUUGCAAAAAGUUACAGCCUGAACACCAGUGAAGUGAGGAGACCGGACAGUCCCCGUCAGAACGUCCUACCCCUGGAGAAGUACACAAAGCCUGAAACCAAUGUAGUGGAAGAUCAGCACAAGGUUCUGGAAUCGCAGUUCUCAGCUGCCGGGUUGUCCCCAGCCAAAUCCUCGCCUUCACAAAAGUCAGUGGGGAAACCACAGAGGUAUUGCUCUUCCUCGUCCCUAAGCCAACGGCAGCUGGGCAGAAUGUCGUCAAAGGUCAGCCCUCGUCCCUCGCCACCUCGACUCCACAGUUCGAAGAGUUCAGUUGGAGAAGGACAAGCCUCAAAGUCUCCCAGUACAAACGGCCAGAUACAAGAUCAACUCUCUUCAGCCAGUGACUCGUUAGACAGCAAACGACCUGCAGCGACUUGUCGGAAAGCUCCCGAUGGUUCCCAUGGGAUGUGCCCUGCCGCCUCGCACCGACAUGUCCACCUGUGCACCUUGGAGCUCAGAGAUAAAGGCGCGUCGCCGCAGUGCUGGGCGGCCUCGGUCCCCGUCACCCCGCUGAUGGGGGAGAAGAGCUGCAUCCAGGUACAAGUGGAGAGCCAGGAAUGCGGUUGUGCAGAGCACGACCCGCACUCCUUCCCGAGUGUUAGCGCGCCCAACACCCCGCUCCACGUAGCCGAGGGCCAGCAGGUGGAGAUGCUUCUUCAGACGGUGCAGCGGCAGAUCCAGAUCCUGGCCUUAGCCAGCCGGAAACCAGAGGACUAUGAACUGAUCAACGAGUGCGAGGAGGCAGCGGGAGAAAACACAGCUUUCCUUCCUGUGGCUUCGGCCGAGGAGGUACCAUUUCUGCUGCAGAAGGAACAGUGCAGAGACUGUGACCUAGGAAAGUGACAUUCUGCUGUUUUCAUUGCAUUGUGAACCUGGGCGAAAGAAAAGAAUAUGAAAAAGGAGAAUAAUUUAUAUGCAUUUAUUUAAAGCAUUUAAUUAGAAACCAAAUAGUCUGUUGCCCCCAUAGUGGUUUAUGGAAACUCUUUUGUAUUGUUUGAUCAGAUAAUGUUUCUUUAUUUCUGGUGAAGAUCCUAGUGCCUAUUGUUCGCAGUGGGCGUGUAUUGGGACGUGCUGUGUUUCACCAAUAUAACCUGGAUUAGCUCCCAGCAUCUCCACCGCUGAUACAGUCAGGCCCCGGGCAUCUCCACUGGCAGAGGCGGGGGUCGCAGACACUGGGGUGAACCAGGCCAAAGGGCAGUGAUACGCCCAUCAGAUUUGGGAACCCCCGCUAGAAACAUUCAACACAACUUUACCUAUACGGCGUGUCGCUGGGACCAGAGUGGGGUUAACCACGGAGGCAAAUUUCUAGCACAGCCAUGUACUGGAUCUGAACAGUUCAGCCAUUAACCAACGCUCUGUGCCCCGGUUGUUGGCCAAGGAAACCCCAGGUUAACAGCCGUGUGGUGCCGCUGUUGGCUCUGGCCACCUGUGUAGCUGCCUGCCCCUGGGAACCCAGCAUCACAGCUGCGGUCUUCUGCCGUUGCCUCUAGGAGCCAGGAUUAACCACUCUGAGACCCUCCUGUUGACCUUGGUCACCCAGUGUGCCAGCCACGAGCCCCUGCUGUUGGCCAGUGAAAUGUGGCCGCGGGGCUGUAGCUGAUUGUAAUAGGCAGGGACAUCGGUCCUGGUGCCCGGGGUUCCUCAGCGACGGGUACCCAACUCCCACUGCCAGGGGAUGACUCCCAAAGCUGCCCCUCAGUUGAGCAGAGUUCAGAAUGAUCCCCAAGAGUACACCGCUGGAUGUGCUGCAGAGAACCAGAUGGCGGGUUGUCAUGCCAUCCCAGCAUGACUGAGGCAGUAUUCCACAUCGACCCAGAGCAGUGAAAUGACGGCACUCCCAGUGCACCCCACCCUCUCCCUCAGCUCCUCUCCCACUCCCCCUCCCCACUGCUCCCCCACCCCCACCUCGUCCGUCCAUUCUACACACCUCACAAGGCAAGAAGCCCUAAGGAAGCGAGAGGCCAGCCACCUCACUAACGCCGCGUCAGGGUUACUGUGACUGCAGCCGAGGAUCACGGCCCAUUCAUCACACAACCUGGUGGAACCCAUGGUGUACGAAUUAAAAACAAUU